AUGAAUAGACAUUUAUUUAUUCAUUUAUUUUUAUUGGUUGCGCUUUUUGUUACCAAUGCUGUCAAUGCUGCAGUGCCCAAGAAAAGACCCAUACCCACCAUUUUUGAUGGGAGAUGUCGAGUUAAUGAAACCGAUGUGGAACAAAUCCGUGCAAAUGUAAAUCCUGAUCCAGUAGUUGCCGGAAAAAAUGUUACUUUUAGUGUUUCAGGACUUCUAAGUCAGGAUAUUGGGGAUAAUGGAACAGUUUUAGUUGGUUUUAAGGAUGAUUUAGGGUUUACGAUAGGAAAUGUUGCAAGCGCUCCUGUUCCUCCAACUAAAGCCGGAAAUGAAUUUUCAGUAGAUGUCACAGUUGAGGCACCAACUGUUUUAACAGAUUCAUACCUCAUGCAAGUUUUAGUUGUGAAUCCAAGUAAUCCGCCCGAUCCACAAAAGGAUAUUGUAGGUUGUACAGUAGCGGUUGUUGGCACUGAUGAUGGUCCUGAUAGUGGUCUUAAUGGUUCACCUAAUAAAAUUGUAGUUAGUGAUAUCGAAAGUUUUCUUAUCCUUUAG